CGCCUGUGCGUGAUCGAAAUACGAUAAGUGGGACCUUUGUUUGAGUGUGGAGAUUGUUUGCUUACGCGCUCAAUUGCUUAUAGCCAAAGCCAGUGUUAGUGUAACAUUCUAGCCCAUUUUAGGUGAACAACUCCAUCACGAAGGUUUGCUUUGGUACCGUCUGUUUUAUUGUUAGCGACCAAAGCAAGGGUAUCAAUUGCUCUACGUCUCAAAUAACUGGGUAUUAUAAUUCAUGGAAUCCAACUACUAUUUCGCCGUGACAGUCUAAACUGCCGACGUAGUGUGUGAUGAAUGUACGUUCUUAGCGUCGUGAGAGCAGCGAAUUACAUCGCACCAUGUUUAUUACGGUCAAAUUUGGGGACGGAAAAAGUGAAAUUUUUAAUCCAAAUUGUCGGAAUGCGAUACUGCUGCACAAUAUAAAAGAACGAUGUGACUGUGAUAUCGAAGAUAUGGUGGAGUUGUCCGAUGAGACUGGCAAUGUGAUGCAUCUUUUAACCAACCCAGCUGAUUACGGUAAACAAUAUCUAACGGAGAGGACUGCAUUUAUACUAUUGAGGGUUGAAAGAGAAGACAGUGAAGGAGAAGAAGAAAGGCUAACAUACCACCCAUUACUUCGCGGAAUGGACACAAACAAAGAUUUCCUGGAGCGACUCAAUCCUAAGCCUGUUUUACCGAAACCAUCACAAGAAACUGGAAACUUGAAAGGCAAAGACAACAAAAUGAAGAAUGAUGACUCUGUCGACGUACCAUUGAAUUCUAAGGACUCCAGGCGAAGAGGGGUGUCACCGGCCAUGGCAUCAGGUGGCGGUUCUCGGGCGAAUAAACAAGUAAACGCACUAAAAAGAGGAGGGAGUCGGGCUCAACUCGGUCGCCGAUAG